AUGAAUCGAUUGUUCGGCGCAAAGAGCAGCGCACCUAAACCUACACUCAACAGCGCAAUCGCUAACGUGGACUCACGAAUCGAAUCAAUAGACGUCAAGCUUGCGAAACUCACAGCCGAACUCAGCACAUAUCAACAGCGUCUGAGCCGCAUGCGAGAUGGACCUGGCAAGUCGGCUGUCAAGCAGAAAGCGAUCAAAGUCCUACAACAGCGCAAGAUGUACGAAAGCCAGAAGGACCAGCUUACGCAGCAAAGCUGGAAUAUGGAGCAAGCAGGCAUGAUGCAGGACAACCUCAAGAACACCAUGGCUACGGUGGAUGCGAUGAAGACGACGCAGAAGGAGCUCAAGAAGCAGUAUGGUAAGGUGGACAUCAAUAAGAUCGAGCGAAUGCAGGAUGAGAUGGCGGAUUUGAUGGAGAUGGGCAACGAUAUCCAGGAGAGCAUUAGUCGGAGUUAUGAUGUACCGGAGGAUGUGGAUGAGGCGGAGUUGGAUGCCGAGUUGGAGGCGCUGGGCGAAGAGGUCGAUUUGGGAGCGGAGGGGAUGGGAGAGGGAGAGAUGCCGGGCUUCUUGACGGAGAGUGCGGGUCCGCCGCAGUUCAUUGACGAGGCGCCGGAGCAAAACAAGACGAAGGAGGCGGCUACGUAA